UGUAGGGCAACGAGAAGAGUGACGAGAGGUGGCGUCGUUUUUGGCUUGUUCGGUUUCUUCUUUCUCUCCGUCCAAACCUCUCUCUAUGCGACUUCAACAGCGAUAUUGUCCCUCUCUGUGGCUCCUAGACUCAACGGGAGGUCUGUCUCUGUGGCUUUUCUCGGUGGCUCUCGUGGACGACGACGGACCUCUCUCUCGGUGGCUCACCAAUCGAAAGGACCUCUGAGUUCUGGGGCAAGAGUAAGAGGAAGAGGAAGAGAGAGAGGGAGAGGGAGAGGGAGAGUGAUGUCUACGCUCGAAAGAAUUUGAUCGAACUAGAUCGAACUAGAAUUUGAUCGGACUAGAUUAGACUUAGACGUAAAACAAGAGCAUGCUUCACUCCUUCUCUUUCUCCGCAAAAGACCCUUAAAUUCGCCGCCUUUCUGAGUAAGAGAGGAUUCUACACUCGCUUAGGCUCUGGCUAUAGCUUCUACUGGAGUUGAAGCAAAAGCAGGCUUUGCUCCUAAUGAACUUUGUUCUCUCCUACUACAGGCUGCUCAUAUUCCCCGUGCUCUCUUUUUUGAUUUGGAUGGAAUAUCAGAUCGAUCAACAAGUUUGCCACAUAUGUUACCGUCUGAGCAAGCUUUUGCUGCUGGCCGUUCUGCUCUUGGAAUUGAUAAUAAAGAUGGAGUGGUUGUUUAUGAUGGGAAUGGUCUCUUUAGUGCAGCCCGUGUAUGGUGGUUAGUUAUAGCACUCCUUUGGAUUUAUAUUCUUUUGCUUUGUUCAGUUUGUGUUUUCUCAGUUAUUGUUAUAAUUGAUGUGUGGUACAACUCGUCAGUUAGAUGGUGCAGGUAAAACAAGAACUUGAUGAUGUAUACAUGUCUAAGUGAUGCUUAUACUAUCUGUUGUUUCAUUGUCAUGUUGCCAGUAACGCUUUGUUUUCUUCCUUCUUGUUCUAGUUUUCUCAUGGAUCCCCUUCUUUCAUCUCAUAUAUUCAUAUCUUGGUGAUUGAUUUUCCAGAAGUUAAAAGAACAAUUCUUAAAAACUCGAAGCUACUCUGCACCCAAUCAAGAACAAAGCUUAUGGGAAUCACGAUCAGAAAGGAAUUUACUUGAUAUUGCAUCUAGGCUCUUCGAUUCCCCUAAAAAAAUGAGUCAUACAACUUUCAGUGUAUUUCAUAGUGGAAAGUUUCAGACAGAUGAUUCUGGGGCCGUUACUUACGAGGGUGGAAAUCGUGACGUUCUCCACUCACCGGUUGAAGCUCUGUUUGGAAAUAUAAUGAGCGAGUUGAAUAGAUCCUCCAAUGGACAGAGGAUUUGGUUUAAGAUGCCUAAUGAAGGCAUAUCAGAGCUGAAGAUAUUGUGUCAAGGCGAUGAUAAUUUCAGGAAGAUGUGUGAGGCUUCGGUUUGGAUCAAAGCUAUAGAUGUGUAUCUGGAAGCUGAUAAUGAUGAUGAUGAUGAUGCUCCUCCUGUUGUUGAGAUCAAUGACAGUGGCACAGCGACGAGAGCUUCAAAUGGUGCAGCGAAAGCUACACAGAAGGCUGUAGAUGCUGAAGCCCGUGUUGAAUCAAAUCUUAUUGGCUUUGUUGACGACAAUGAGAACGACGAUUAUCAAAGAACUCCCCCCUCUUCAGACUGUGAAGAUGAAGGAAGUAACGACCGUUACGAGAGGUGGAUACGAGGAAGUGGUGAGUUAAAGAUACGACAAGUAUUUGAGAGCAUAGAAGAGUACUCAAGGAAGCUGUCUUGGAAUAUGCUUUAAAAGGAGGAUGGAAUGUGUCCAGUAUACUAGAUGGGGAAAAGUAAAAUCUGAGGCUCGAUGUGGAGUUCCAGUUGAAGAAGGUGAAAAACGGUGUCCAUGGAGGAUUUAUUGCUCUUACGAAGAACCAAUUGCGCAGUGGAUGGUGAAGACUUUUCAGGAUGAGCAUACUUGUUUUAAAGACGGCGAUUGCAGGAUUUUUAAACGACAUAAGGAAUGACCCCAAUUUCAGACCGAAAUGCAUUCAAGAACAAAUUCAGGAUCGUUACAAUCUGGUAGUAACAGGUGAUAAAUGCAGAAAGGCAAAGAAAAUAGCUUUGGAUAUCAUCAUCCAGUCAGAGUUCGAAGAACAAUACGCAAGGAUAAAAGACUAUGAACUUCAUAUUUUGGAACGUGGAUUAAGCAUUGUCGGCCAAUCUUCGGCAUAUAUUGAUGGAUGUUUUCUGAAGUCAACUACGAAAGGGCAACUACUUGCAGCUGUGGGACGAGACGCAAAUAAUCAGAUAUUUCCUAUUGCAUGGGCGGUUGUUAAUGUGGAAGAGACCGAGAGCUGGGUAUGGUUUAUCCAGCUUCUGAAAAAAGAUUUUAAUCUUAAAAAUGGUGAUGGAUUCACGCUUGUAUCAGACCGACAAAAGGCAGUGCACCAAGAGUUACCAAAGGUUGAGCAUCGAAUGUGUGCUAGACACGUCUAUGGAAACUUGAAAAAAGAUUUUCCAAAGCAGCCGAAGAUGACAAAAUUGUUUUGGCAUCUAGUAGAGAGUCACAACAAGGGUGAUUAUGGCAUCAGUUUGGCUAACAUAAAGGAUUUCAACGUUGAUGUGUAUGAUGGAGUCAUGAAGAGGAACCCAGAAACCUUUAGUCGGGCAUACUUCAAGACCACAUCAACAUGUGAGGAUGCACUGAACAACUUCUCAGAGUCAUACAACAGUGCAAUUGAGAAGGCCCGUGCCUUACCUUUGGUUGAGAUGCUUGAGACCAUUAGAAGACAAGCAAUGCUCAGGAUAGACAUAAGGAAGAAUGCCCGUGCCUUAAAGUUGGUAAGGUCAUUGCUAUUGAAGAGCUUCACAGAAAAUAUUGUAGGAUCUAUCCUGGACCAACGGGACAGUUUGAAGUUAAAGAGAAGUCAGUCUCAUAUAAAGUCAACAUGAAGUCGCACACAUGUGCUUGUAGAAGGUGGGACUUAUCAGGGAUACCAUGCCGCCAUGUCUUGCGUGUUGUCCAGGAUAAGAAGACAUACAGGACAGAAGAUUUGAUCUCACAUUGGUAUCUGACAUCUACAUGGCAGGCUCAGUACUCAGAUAACAUUAAACCAAUGAACGGUAUGAAGUUUUGGAACGCAAGUGGUGAAGAAACUAUUGAACCACCAGCAAGAGAUAAAUCAAAGGGCCGGAAGAAGAACCCUGCUAAGCGUAUGAAGAGUGUUCAUGAGUCUCCAACGAAGGGUAAGAAAGUGACCCAACACUCGAGGACAAUGCAUUGGUCACAAUUCUCUAGGAUGUUCUAAUGGUGGAGUUCCACUUAAGCCUCGCCCACCUAAGAAGAAAGCAAAAACACAACAAAUGGUUGAUUCAGUUUCACUUGAUGUUGGAGAGGGACCAAGUCAACCAUCUCUGUCUUCUGUUACUUUCGAUUGAGUCUAUGGACGAUGGAUAGGUGUUCAAGCUUGAAGAUGGAUGUUUUUUAGUUAUGUGUUUGCUGUCAUUUGCUAUGUUUUUGUGCCUACUUGUUAUGUUUUGAGGGUAUGUUUUGGUACGUAUUUAUGUAACAAAAAUUUAAGGUCAAUGGUUUUUAAACUAUA